ACAAACAACUAAGGAUUGCUGUUCUACUCUGUCCUCCAGGUACACCACUAUGGCUGCUGUUGCACGUGGCGCCCAUCAAGAACGAGAAGGACCAAGUGGUCCUUUUUCUGUGCACCUUCAAGGACAUCACGGCUCUCAAACAGCCAAUCGACGACGAGGCCGGAAAAGGUCUCAGCAAGUUUGCUCGUCUAGCUCGGUCGGUGACACGAAACCGCUCCACACUUCUCCAGUUUUCCUCCCACCAGCCCAGUACAAAGUUCGACAACUCCAGGCCCUCACACCUGGCAAACAUGAUGAAUCUGAGUACAGAUGUACUGCCACAGUACCGUCUAGAGGCUCCCAAGACACCCCCUCACAUCAUACUCCACUACUGCCUCUUCAAGACCAUCUGGGAUUGGAUCAUUUUGAUUCUCACGUUCUACACAGCCAUAAUGGUUCCUUACAACGCUGCUUUUAAGGUGAAGACCAUGGACCAGUUACCUCUGCUGGUCAUCGACAGCAUGGUGGACGUCGUGUUCUUUGUGGACAUCGUGCUCAACUUCCACACCACGUUCGUGGGUCCCAGUGGUGAGGUCAUCUCUGACCCAAGGGUCAUACGAAUGAAUUACCUCAAAAGCUGGUUCGUGAUAGACCUUCUCUCAUGUCUCCCAUAUGAUGUCUUCAACGCAUUCCAGUAUGUUGACGAUGGAAUCAGCACGUUAUUCAGCGCCCUCAAGGUGGUCAGAUUACUCCGACUGGGUCGUGUUGUCAGAAAACUUGACCACUACCUCGAGUACGGGGCUGCCAUGCUGGUUCUUCUCAUUCUCGUCUUCAUCCUCUUCGCCCAUUGGUUCGCUUGCAUCUGGUACAGCAUCGGGUGGGCAGAGCUGAUCAGCGGUGUGGAAUAUGGUUGGCUGCCUGAGCUAGCCAAUGUGACUAAGGAGCCGUUUGUCGCUGCAAACACGAGUGCCAGUGACGACCGUUUGGGUGGACCCAGCAAAGAGAUGCGGUACCUAACGGCCCUUUACUUCACGCUGUCGUGCAUGACUGGCGUGGGCUUUGGUAACGUGGCAGCCAACACACAGACGGAAAAGCUCUUUUCUGUCUUCAUGAUGAUCAUUGGAUCUCUGCUCUACGCUACAAUCUUCAGUAACGUGACUACGAUAUUCCAACAGUUCUACUCCAGCUUUGCUCGAUACCAUGACAUGCUGAACAGCGUGAGGGAGUUUAUGAAACUUCACGAUGUUCCAAAGUCACUCAGCGAGAGAGUCAUGGACUACAUUGUAUCCACCUGGGCCAUCACGAAGGGCAUCGAUGCAGCAAAGGUCUUGAACUACUGCCCCAAAGACAUGAAGGCUGACCUGUGCGUACAUCUAAACCGGAAGGUAUUUCUGGAGCAUCCUGCCUUCCGGUUAGCCAGCGACGGUUGUCUCCGUGCUCUGGCCAUGCACUUCAACAUGACACACAGUGCACCGGGUGACCUCAUCUUCCAUCAGGGCGAGAGUCUGGAUGCUCUCUGCUUUGUCGUUUCCGGGUCACUCGAGGUCAUACAGGACGAGGAGGUGGUGGCUAUACUCAGUAAGGGAGAUGUGUUCGGAGAUAAUUUCUGGAAAGAGCAAUCGAUUGGUCAGUCCACUGCCAACGUCAGGGCCCUCACCUACUGUGAUCUCCACGCCAUCAAAAGAGAUCGUCUUCUGGAAGUGUUGGAUUUUUACCAUGCGUUCGCAAACUCUUUCGCUCGCAACCUAACCCUGACGUACAAUCUACGCCACAGGCUUAUCUUUCGUAAGGUAGCCGAUGUCAAGAAGGAAAAGGAACUAGCAGAAAAGCGGAAGAACGACCCUCCUCUGGACCUUGCGAACGACCACCCAGUGCGGAAGCUCAUAUCCCGCUUCCGGAAAAUUAGUGACACGAAACAUGACGUCAAGCAGCAGAAUUCUCAUGACGCGGAGCGCGGCAGUUCUUCCUCCAUGGCAGUUCAGGAGGAGGAAAGCACCACUCCGAGUGAAACACCAAAAGCCGGCGGGGCGCGGAUUAUCACCGUUUCGGAAAGCCCCAACGUGGAAACAGGCAAAGUGGCUCCCCGUUUAGGGGGAGGGGCUUCGAGAUGGGGCAGGUUUCUGGGCGGAGCGACCAGCGGAAGUAGUUCAACGGAUUCUGCGAACGACGGUAAGGGAGGAGAUAAAGCGAUACCUUUAAACGAUUUGUCUCCGAAAAUCGAAACUCGUUCCGGCGAAGCUCCGAAAAUCACGACCAAGCCAAUGGCGAAAUGGGGUCGCUUUCUUGCUAAAGCUCAAGAGCCCAUAGAAGAAUCCCCGGAGGAAGAUCCCAAGUCAACCAAUCUCAAAAAGACAGAUUCCACAGAUAGUGGUAUUUUGAGAAGCAACAACAAACUGGAUCAGAUCGGGGAGGAGAUGCUGGGCUUAGAUGGGCAUCACCUUCUCCAUCAUCACCACCAUCACCAUCCACAUUCCCUCCAAACCACCCUCAACAUCAACACCAUGAAUAACCUAACGCGGGAGACCCUCAGCAACAGCAGCAACAGCACCAACCAAUCUAUCGGAGCAGCAGCCAGCACCAGUAUGCCAGCCACCGUCUCCGGGGGCCUGUCAGCUGCUGAGCAGCACAUGUUGACUUCAUUAUACGACAUUCGGUUGGAAAUCAAGGAGGAAAUCGACAGUCUGAGGCAAAAAAUGAACAGAAUAGACGAGCAUAUCUCAGAGGUCCUCCGCUUUUUCUCUCCCGUCUCCACUCCGUGUUCCUCAGUGUCCACGUACCCUAGCUCUAAAUUCAACUCUCCUCAAAACGUCACCACUUCCAACAGCGCUGAUGCUUCACCCAAGAAUUCCGUUUCCUCCUCACCACGCCACGAAGAGGCUGGAGGGGGUGAAAGUUCAAAUCUCACCACAGGUGAAGUCACGCCCAUGAACAUAUCUACCGAAGCCAGCGGUGGGGAAGAGCAGCCAGUCCUGCGGAGUCGACCAACGCAAAACCCUCCGGAGCAAAUCGCGGCUCCACAAGAAAGUACGAGCAGGAAGAAAAGUGGAAAUGGUAACAGUGGGAAGAAGAGUAACAGGGGGAAUGGUGAGUCGUCUUCAAGCAGCAGAAGGUCUUCGAAAUCUUCAAACAGUAGUAACGAGAGUCACAAACAAUCCUCGGGCACCCCAGAGCCAGUGCCAGGCCGUGUGCACGGAUCGACGCAGGUCGAUGUACCGGAAGAGGAAGAGGAACUCUCAUUCCCCAACGACCAUGACCCUGACAGAUUGUGAGUCAGGCUCAUCCCUACUCGAUUUGUUUUGUAAAUAUUGUUAUGAUCAGAAAAUAUUCUGAGAGAAUAAUGGCCUGAAAGUGAUCCUGUUUCUUCGACAAAGCGUUUUCAUAAAACUGUGAUGUUUACAUAACUUUUCAACCACAUUUUAUUCCAUUGCAUUCUCCCAAUCAAAUUACUGUUGUAUACCUGUUUCUAUUUAUGACACGUAGUACAUACUUCAAGCCCACCUGCAGUUUAAGUCUGUUAUCUGAUCGCUAAUGAACAUUUCUUAAUUCUUAAAGCCUUGCAUUUAUGUAUUCUUCAUGUUUUGUACAUACCAGCAUGACGAUUAACAUUCCUAAUUGAGAUGUGUGUUUCAUGAGUUUUUUAAAAGGUUCGUGACAUUUUACCUCAGUGGAGUCGUCAAUUUUUCUUACUUAACUUUAAACAAUUCGGUAGGUCAUAGAGCACAAGGACACUUCCUCUGAUCUUUAAGAGAUUAUUUUACUGAACAAUGUCUAUGUUUAAUAUGUUUGUUCUUUUUCUCCUGAUGCCAUUGUAUCUAUCACUCCAGUGAUGAUCGUUGAUGGCAUAUCAAAGACUCAAAAAAAACCCACAAUUUUGUAUAAUUCUAUUCUCGAUUAAUGUUUUCGCCUUGCUGUUAUAAGGUCUUGUUCAUAAUGAGAAGAAAAUGUCUACACAGAACACUGGGCACGAAGAGAAAGACGCACUGGAAAAAUAAACUACUGUCCAGGGGAUAUACAGGUAUUAUAUACAACACACACACACACACACACACACUCACACACACAAACACACACACA